AUGGAGAGCAUUGACGACCCUUGCACAACUCCACGUGAUGGCAGACACCAAGAAAUUUGGUCAGGAGAGAUUGGGUAUUUACCCUAUUCUCUUUUACUUGGCUGCCCGUAUGAUCGAGAAGCUCCUCCUCCUACCUACACUUCUUUACGUGUUUUAAACCGAGAAAGGUCAGGCGACAAACAAUCUCAGCUGCAUGGGUACGAAUUUUUGAGUGAAGGAGGUCUCAAAUGUGUCGAUGAACAAGUUCUAGCAAAGCAAAAAGGUAUCAUAAUUGACGUUAUAGGACAGGUAACUGCUUGUUUAUUGCAAGGCAAAGGAGUUGUUGGGCUUAGCUUGCCUAUUAGACUGUUUGAGCCAAGGUCGACCUUAGAAAGGAUGCUUGACAGAUGAAGCUUCAUGCCAGUUUAUUUUGAUGGCAUAAACAGAGUAGACCGAUUAGAAAAAUUCAAAAGAGUUAUGGCCAUGGCCAUUGCAGGGCUUUAUAUAAGCCCUUCACAGGAAAAGCCAUUUAAUCCUCUCUUAGGCGAAACUUUGCAAGCGGAAUGGCCUGAUGGGACGAAAGCAUUUUGUGAGCAUACUUCGCAUCAUCCACCUAUUACAAAUUUUUAUUUGGAAAAUAGGCAUUUUAAAAUUCUUGGACAUUUAGAAUUGACUGGGAAAUUCAAGAAAAAUUCUCUAAUUGGAGGAUUCCAAGGCACAGUUAAUAUUGAAUUUAAUGAUGGACAAAAAGUUUCGUAUACUUAUCCUAGAUUUAGAGCAGGAGGUAUGAUUAUGGGCAGCAGAACGGCUAAUUGGGAAGGUCAAAUGGUGUUUACUGAUAGAGAAAAUGGACUUGCAGCUACAAUUGUUUUUGGGCCUGAAAAGAAAAAAGGAUUUUUUUCGAAAGCAGUAGGCAAAUUAGACGAUUUUAGAGGAGUCCUUACAGAAAAUGACGAAAAGAUUUGUGAUAUAAAUGGUAGCUGGCUGAGAAAUUUAGUGAUAGGGGAUACUGAAUAUUGGAAUAUUGAUAAUCAUAGGCCUGUUUUCCACAGAUUUCCAGUGAACCCUUUGCCAAGUGACUGGAGAUAUAGAGAAGACUUAGUUUGGCUGCUAAAAGGAAACUCUGAAAUUGCACAAAAAUGGAAGAUUAAAGUAGAAAAUAGGCAAAGAGAUGAUAGAAAACUAAGAGGGUUGAAGUAUUAA